AAACGGAGAUAAAUAGCUCUCAACCCUCCCAAAACCCUAGUUAUCUCAUCCACUCUCUUUUCGUCAGUUUCCGCCAUGGCUGCAGCCAUCGCUCGAUCCAUCUUAGUCCCUCGUUCUUUCCAACCCACUCUCUUCCUCGCUAGGCGCCUUCUCUUCUCUUCUUCUAUUGCUCAGCCCCCUCCACUCGCUGGCUUCGUCAGAACAAGGCGUCCAUCUCUCUUACUCUCCCACUCUGUUCGAGUACUAGCGCCUGGAGCGAGCCGGUUGAACGCUAUUCGAUGCAGAGUUCACCGCUCGGGUGGAGAUUCGGCGUACUCGCCGCUUAACUCAGGGUCGAACUUCAGUGACAGGCCUCCUACGGAAAUGGCCCCUCUGUUCCCUGGUUGUGAUUACGAGCAUUGGCUCAUUGUCAUGGAUAAGCCUGGUGGUGAGGGUGCUAAUAAGCAGCAGAUGAUCGAUUGCUAUGUUCAGACUUUAGCCAAGGUUCUUGGAAGUGAAGAGGAAGCGAAGAAGAAGAUUUACAAUGUUUCAUGCGAGAGGUACUUCGGGUUUGGAUGUGAAAUUGAUGAGGAAACAUCAAAUAAGCUGGAAGGUCUUCCUGGUGUCCUCUUUGUGCUUCCAGAUUCUUAUGUGGAUCCAGAGAACAAGGACUAUGGAGCUGAAUUGUUCGUGAAUGGAGAGAUAGUGCAGAGAUCCCCAGAGAGGCAAAGGAGGGUGGAACCUGUGCCCCAGAGAGCUCAGGACAGACCCAGAUAUAAUGACAGAACACGAUAUGUGAGGCGCAGAGAAAACCAACGGUGAAUGUAAAUGAAGGCAAUGGUGGCCAUCUCAUGCACUCACAAUAUGUGUAGCUUUUUUUUUAUUAUCGUGAAACCCCCUUAUCCAUGUGUAUUACCUUCUCUCCUUGUGUCGAAACAUUUUCCUUUAUAUUCAGGUUGACUAUCUUGCA